AUGGUUAAGGUUCUCGUUGGAGCCACUGGAAGUGUAGCAAGCGUCAAGAUUCCACUGAUUGUGAGCGAAUUAAGUAAAUGUAAGAAUGCGAUCGUGAAAGUUGUCAGCACGAAGCACGCUUUGCAUUUUUUUGACAAAGAACAAUUGAAAAAAGACACCGGGGUUACAGUGCUUACUGACGAAGACGAAUGGAAUUCAUGGACUGUUAUGUCUGAUCCUGUGUUGCACAUUGAGUUAAGGAAUUGGGCAGAUGUCUUCAUUAUCUGUCCUUUGGAUGCAAACACACUGGCCAAAAUGGCGAACGGAUUAUGUGACAACUUGAUAACCUGCAUUCUUCGCGCAUGGCCACAAUCAAAACAAGUUAUUGUAUCCCCGGCAAUGAAUACCAAUAUGUGGGAGCAUCCGUUCACGGAAAAACAUUUGAAAGUCCUUGUUGAUGAAUUGCACAUGGAAGUGAUUCCCCCAGUGAGCAAAAAAUUAGCUUGUGGGGACAUUGGAGUUGGAGCUAUGGCUGAAGUGCCAACAAUUGUAAACUAUGUAAAAAUGAAAUUUGGCUUGACUGAGUAA